GCCUUUCAAAUAGCAAUUGAUUGUGAACAGAGAAAGCCAUUCUUUCUCUCAGAUGCAGAACCAGUUUUUUGCUCUCAAGUUCUGAUGAGAUGGGCUGUUGCAGUUCUGUGUUCUGAUGAUGGCAUUGUGCUUAUUAGAAAACUUUACACUUAAUUGAAGUGAAGUUCAACAGCAUCUUCAUGGUAGAGAUUGUUUAAUCAUCUUUGGAAGAGAAAAGUGAGUGAGCUGGUGAGAAAUGAAAACUUGUAGAACCGUUAUCUAGUUCAUGAGGGGAGGAAAUCAUUUCUCGCUGGAAGAUCAUUCAUAUGUAUCCAUCUAAGAUCCUAAUUUUUAGCUCACAAGGAGGUUAGGCUUUUUGGAAUUUCUGUGUUUUUCUCACAAAGUCAAUCCACAUGUAAAUGGAGAGAGGCUGAAUUGCAGAUGAAGACAUUAUUUUUUCCAUGUUAAAAAAAAUCGAUAUUUUGUCCAUGUGUUGGUGAUUCAUGCAAAGAACAGAAAAGGGAAACAUCAGAUAAUAGAAGUAUGUCUGAUCAUUAUUUCAAGAGCAGCAAUUUAGAUUCUACUGGUGGUGAACUUGGUGCGGAUGAUACUAUCUUAGGAGACAAGUGUUUGAUGGAGGAUGAUACUGUGUCUCAAUAUUCAAUCAGUCACAUAUCUCAACCUGAUAAUGAACUUAGCUUCCUUGAUAAUGAUGGGUGGCUUGAUUUUGGAAACUUUGAAGAUAUUGAUAGGACGAUGCUAAAUUGUGACUUAACUUUUGGAAUGGGGAGCCUCAAUAAUGAAGAGGAGUUCUGCUGGCUCUCAUCUUCACAUGGAACUGAGGGAUCUGAUGAUGCACUGAAAUCUGACUUCAAGUUUUCAUCUGCUGAAGCAAGUCCAUUCAAAAGUAUAUCAGAUAAUAAUAUCAACCCAAAUGAAAAUAUUGAAGGUCUGACAAUUCAUGAUUGCAGCAGAAAGGCAUCUCCUAUUAAUAAAAAUCUGAAGUCUCAGAUGAAUGUCGACCAUGAUGCUGUUCCUGCUUCGUUAUCAAUGUUCAGUGAAUCAGACAUGAUGUCCGGUGUUGAAGAUGGCUUGGUGCAUAAACCAAAGAUUGAAAGGAAGCUGUCAAAGCCAUCAACAGGAAAGAGAAAAAACGGCUACCUAAAUAAUGGUGAUUCUGAUCACCCCUCUACUCAUGUAGAGCAAUAUCCAAAUCUGAAGCAAUCCUUUGGAGACUCUUCCAGUGGAGUUACUUCUCAGGAUAGCAUCCACAAGCGCAGACCAAACACUGAUUCUGAAUCUUUAGGAUGUAUACAGAUACAAACUCCCCUAAUGAACGCAGAGUAUAGUCAUACUCAUACUUCAAAAUAUACUUCCCUCCUUCCACCUUUUUCUGUAUCUAGGUCUGAACAUGAUGGACAUCCAUCUCCUUCUUUCAAAGAUCCAUCAUAUGCAUCAAACAUGGACAUUUCUCAUGGUCAUCCUUUGGAGGCUGCUGCCUUGAAAACAAAUGAUAACAGCAGAAAUCCGUGUCUCUUCCAUGAUACAGAACUGCUAAGUGGGGGUUUCAAAAGUGAAAAUAUUCAAAGUUCUACGCCAUUCAAAAGUCCAGGUCCAGCUCAGAAGGUAGGUCACCGGUUUGAAGAUGAGAAUGAAGGCCAUAGUGAAGUUGGAGGAACUAGCAUAGGGUUUUCACAAGAAAUAGAGUCAUCAAAUGUGCAGGAAAAUUCAUCUAUGAGCCCUGCACUGGAUAAAGUUUCACAUCAAACAAACAGCUUUUGCCAGCUGCAACAGAUCAUGGAUCAGUUGGACAUCAAAACCAAACUAUGUAUAAGGGACAGUCUAUACCGUUUGGCUAAAAGUGCUGAACAAAGACAUAAUGAUACCAAUGCAAGUGGUCAAAUGGGUGAUGAUGUUGAUAUGGCACAAGAUGCAAACAGGUAUACUGGAUUCGCGAACAUGGAAACUAAUACAAAUCCCAUUGAUCGGUCUAUCGCACACUUGCUGUUCCACAGACCCUCAGUCAGAUUCAUCAAUGUUGCCCAUUAAUGAUCCUUUAUCGUUCAAAUCUAGUUCGACGAUGCAUGGAUUGGUGAUCAACGCACCAAUAAUGACUGAGAAACAGGCUUGUCAAGAAGAAUCUUCUGCUGGAGUAGAAAAGAACUCUUUAGUGGUAGCACCUAAUGAGAUCUGAAUUUAACGUUGGCGUUAUUGGCUUACAAUGCUAUGCUAAGCCACAAGAUCGUGUUAUGAUGUGUAAUUAUUCAAAGCUUACUCAGAUCCCUUAGUGAUUAAUGUUUUUGUAUUUGAUACCAUUUUACUCAUGUAUAGUGUUGCUGAUCAUCUAUUUAAGGUAGCGUAUAUGAUGUAGAUUGUAGAAUAGAGGAGUGCUAGCAACACUCUCUUUUACUACAUCUACCACUCUCUUUUACUA